AUGACGCUGUGGACGUUCACGCAGUCCGUCCUUCUCGUCCUGAACGCGUUCGCGAUACUGAACGAGCGACGAUUCUUGGAGAAGGUUGGACUCGGGCAGAGCGGGAUCCACUCCGGCUACGUCAGCAGCACGUCGCCCAGGGGGCAGCUCAUAGGGUUGAUAACCGCGACGUCGUACAUGCGAAGUGCGUCGUCGCGUCGUCGCGUCCGUCCUUCGCCGCGCGCGCGGCCCCGCCCCGCCCGCGCCUCGUCGUCGUCGUCGUCGUCGUCGUCGUCGUCUCUGACCUUCCGCCCGCCCCGCGCCCCCCCCCGACUCCCGUCGCAGUGCCGCUGGUCGUGUUGA